AUGAAUGCCGGAAAAAACGAUAUAAGUGUGUUUGCAAACUCUCUUGGGUUGGCAUCAAUAGUGAUACCUACAGCGAUCUAUUUAUUUGACAGGUCUGCUGGGGAGAACCACGUGCUCAGAUUUGUAUCGGCAGUGUCUAGUUCGUUAUUCACUAUAUUCAUGCUUUCCUACUGGAUAAUAAGAAACUGGCGUAUGAAUGUUUCUGGAGGUUAUUCAAAGGAAUCUGUUUUAUACCUUGUGUUCAUUGUGUUAUGUUUAACAGGUCUGUUUACGUGCAUUGGAGAAACAUUUCUUUAUGGCCUCGGCAAUGACAGGCUGGACAUUUUGAAGAUAUUUGCAACAUUUUCUUCAAUCAACUACAUUCGAUUUAAGUGCUUGGGCCUUCUCCCCCGUCCUGUUUACAGAAGUAGCGGUAUUGGUAAUCUUGCUUCUAUUGCAGCCAUCAUCUUAAUAACUUGUGCAAUUACCAUUAAUGCAAAAACCAAUAAUAUGUUUGUGGUAUUGUGGAGUUUUGUACUGAGUGGGGCCGUAAUGGCAUCGAUUUCAUUGGCAGAAGAAAUAGCUUUGCCCAAGAAAAAGAAUAUAUGGGAUGUGUCUAAGAAUCAUCUCGGGUUUUUUGACCUUAUUAGGCUAAUUCUGUUUUCAUUGGCUUACUAUUGGCCUGAAAGAUCAAAGUUUUAA